AUGUUGGAAGAGAUGAGAGAGUGCCUGCCGACUCAACCUGAUGGCAACCAGAAGCUCGACCGCAUGCACACGUUCCGGGACUUUUGCAACAGCAAGGGCAACUACAAGUGCGGGGUGAGUCACAUGCCUCUGAAGCCAAAGCCUAUCCAGGAGAUGGUGGACAAGUCCGUGCCGGCAGCGACAGUGUCUCGUCGUCAGAGUUCUCGCCUUCCCCAGCAGAGAAGUCAUAGCAGGUGGGGCGUCUGUCACGCAUGUGGUGGACGAGAAACUGCCGAGAUCGUGGCAACUGGCAGUACGACGGAAGUUCGUGGUGACGCCGCCAGCUAUUAUGUGCCAGCCCCACCAGUGCCGCCACCAAAGCAUGCCCCACCUGUGCCGCCGCCAAAGCAGGCCGCAGUGGAGGCGCUGCGUCCUCCUCCCAAGAAGGCCUGGCAGUCAAGACCCAUCAACCGGGGAUGUGGCAAAGGCAUCUUCCUGCUCUGCCGGGCCCUGAAUGGUGCAGAGAUCAUUGUCCUAGCAGAGCUUUCUGAGGUGUGGGGUGACCUAGAUGACCUGCGGCCGAUCAAAGGGAACGCCGACCAGCACCAGUUCCCUGACAUUUCCUCCGGGCCACAGUCCAAAAAGGAGAAGCAGAAGACUGCCGCCAAAAACCUGACCGGAGAGAAUUUCACAAAGGCGCCACCUCAGGCAGUCCAGAAGUUUGGUCAGGCGCAGAGGGCCGCUCCAACCUUCGCCCUGCAGGACUUCACUGAAUUUCACGUGCACCUGAAAAAUCUGUCGGCAAAACGGUACGGAAAGGAUUUGAUGAAGCCAUCCAAGAAGGGCAGAUCAGCGAAGAUUUUCUCUGGCAAGGCACCUGAUCUGCGCAUGCUGGCCACAUCGGGCCACCGAACGCGUCACGUCUUGCCAGGCUGCCUUGCCUCAGCAGCAGACCGGAUCCUGCAGCGUGUUCCGCGUGAGAAGCGUGAUGAUGGGAGCCGACGCGAGCGAGAUCCGGAGGGCGAGGAAGACAGAGACACCAAGAUCAUCACUCAGACGCAGGUAAAGAUUGAUCCACAGGUGCGCAGGGCGGAGAGCUAG